AAUAUUUUACCCUCUCAAAAUAUAAACUUUUUCAUUGUCUUCAUGGCAUUGGAGCAUCCACCAGAAAAUGUUAAAUAUGAUGAGGAAUUUAUUACAAAUUCUCAAGGAUCAAAGCUUUUCACAUGUAAAUGGAUCCCAAUAAAAGAUGAACCCAAAGCUUUGAUCUUCAUUUUCCAUGGUUAUGCCAUGGAAUGUAGCAUCACCAUGAGCAGUACUGCAAUUAGGCUUGUUAAAGAAGGAUAUGCAGUAUAUGGCAUGGAUUAUCAAGGCCAUGGAAAAUCAUCUGGAUUGGAUGGCUAUGUUGAGAACUUUGAUGAUAUUGUCAAUGAUUGCAAUGACCAUUUUUCCAAAAUUUGUGAGAAGGAAGAGAAUAAAAGGAAGAAGAGGUAUUUGCUAGGAGAGUCCAUGGGAGGAGCCGUCAUUCUUCUUCUACAUAGAAAGAAGCCCGAGUAUUGGGACGGUGCUGUUUUGGUAGCCCCAAUGUGUAAGAUUGCAGAUGAUAUGAAGCCACCAGCAGCAGUUACAACGCUACUUCAAGGGUUGAGCUGGGUAAUCCCAACUUGGAAAUCAUUCAAUAUAACCAAAGACAUUAUUGAAAUUGGCUUCAAAGAACCUCGUGUUAGAGAAGAGAUUAGGAAGAACGAAUACUGCUACAAAGGACCACCACGAAUGAGAACAGCCUGUGAGCUUUUGAGGGUUAGCUAUGAUAUUGAGCAAAGGUUAAAUGAGGUUACACUUCCAUUUAUAGUUCUCCAUGGAGAAGAUGAUAAAGUGACAGACCAACAAGUUAGCAUAGAACUAUUCAAGGUAGCUUCAAGCACAGACAAGACCAUCAAGCUCUACCCCGGAAUGUGGCAUGCUUUGCUCUGCGGCGAGCCCUUGGAAAACACCGAAAUCGUGUUUGCCGACAUUAUCAGAUGGUUAGAAGAACGAACUAAACUCGGAAAUCCGAGGGCAGAGACGUUAAACAAGGUUCAAGCUGAUAAUUUGCCAUUGAACAGGAACAACAAACUCUAGUAGAAACUAUUGAAAACUCGAAACUCCAAAAACCGAAAAUCUGACUUAGUAGUUAGUACACAAUUGUUUACUCGAAAGUGCAAUGUUCAAAUCAUUCAUCAUUUUUUUCUUAAACAUAUAAUUUCAUGGUCUUAGUUCUUGUGUUUACCUAUUUGCAAAGAAAUCCAAUCCACAAGGCAAAAAAUCGAAACACAGUCACACAUUUCGAUAGAAUUUGUUAGAAAAUAUAAACCCCAAUCGAACAAAACAUACGAUUCUCUAAAACCUGAUAAAAUCUUAGCAAUAACUGAACAAAGUUCUACAAUGGUAUGAUUUAGGGUU